GAUGGUGGCACGGGAUGACAUCGUCCUGGCGGGGGUCUAGGUCCGAGGAAGCGCAAGUCUGUUUGCUUCAGGUAGUCUUACACCAGAGUGGACGCCCUCGCGAGAUCUGGUUCGAAUGGCUGGCCAACCUAGGAAAGUUACCUAGCUAGGCCAAUGGAUCUCGCAAUGCCGAAGGCCCAUCCCGUUUCGCAACCCCACGCUCCGUCGCGAGUACCAAAGUCUAUAUAUACGCCGUGAACCAGGAAGUUCUUCUCUGACUUGGCUCCAGCACCAUCCAAUUCAUAGCUCUGUUUUACACGAAGAGAAAAUAAUCAUGACGUCCAAGAACCACCAGAAACCGCCCUUCCGCGCCGAGCACAUGGGCUCGCUCCUGCGGCCCAAGGCCCUCACUGACAAGCGCGUCGCCUUGGACGGGAAAAAGGCCGUGGAGAUUGCAGACGACCAGGAGCUCAACCGCCUUGAGGAGGAGGGCGUGCGCGAGAUCAUAAAGACGCAGCUGGACCUCGGCUUCCACGCCAUCAACGACGGCGAGUACCGCCGCCACCAGUUCUGGGGCAACUUCUUCCCCGGGCUGGAGGGGUUCGAGGAGGUCGACACGCCCAGCUGGGAUAUCUUUCGCAUGUACGUGCCAGACAUUGCGGCGUUUAUUGAGAGCGACCACAAGCCCGGCGAGUCCAUCGUCUGCACCGGCAAGAUCAAGCACAAGGGAAGCACCUACCUGAGAGAAUGGGAGUUCCUCAAGAGCAACAUCCCUCCCGAGAGCGUCAAGGAGGCCAAGUUGACCUUGCCCGCGCCCGAGUGGUAUCACCUCCGCUACCAAAAGGGCCACGCCUACCCCAAGGACGUCUACGCCAACGACGAGGAGUACUUUGCCGACAUCGCCAAGGCGUACCGCACCGAGCUCGAGGUUCUUUAUGAGCACGGCGUCCGCAAUGUGACGAUUGACGACCCCAACCUGGCGUACUUUUGCUCAGAAAAGAUGCUCCAAGGCUUCAAAGAAGCAGGCGAAGACUCAGACGCCCUCCUCCAAUCCUACAUCAAACUCUACAACGACUGCAUCACCUCCCGUCCCGCAGACAUGCACCUCGGCAUCCACCUCUGCCGCGGCAACUUCGCCUACUCGCGCCACUUCUCCGAGGGAGGCUACGACCGCAUCGCCUCGCGCCUUUUCAACGAGAUCAACGCCGACACCUACUUCCUCGAGUACGACACCGACCGCGCGGGCGGGUUCGGGCCGCUAAAGGAGCUGCCGGCGCACAAGAACGUCGUGCUGGGCGUCAUCACGUCCAAGUUCCCCGAGCUCGAGGACGUUGGGAAGCUGAGGGAGAGGGUGUUCCAGGCGGCGGAUUAUGUUGCGCAGGGGGCGGGGCAGACGCGCGAGGAGGCGUUGAAGAGGAUUGGGGUGAGUCCGCAGUGCGGGUUUGCGAGUCAUCAUUUGGGGAAUUCGGUUUCGCGUCAGGAUAUGGUGAAUAAGUUGAAGCUUGUGAGGGAGUUGGCUGAUUCGAUAUGGCCGGGUCAGCCUUGA